AUAUAUUAUACUAUUUAUAUAUAGUGCAUUCUUCAAAUGAUUUUUUCAUGCGGUAUUUGAUUAUCACAACGUUGCUAUAUUGUUCAAAUUUUAGACUGAUUAUUAAACAUCGUCACAAAAUAUAUAUGACUUACAUGGUUCUUUUAUGUAAGAUUUCACAAGCCAUUUGUAAUAACACGGAUGUUGUAAGAAUUAACAAAGAACGAAAAGCUGGGCAAUUGGAGAAAUUCACCGAUCACGCUGAAGUAUAUCUAGAACAGCAGAACAGAGAGAAAAGGAGAACUUGUGAAAACUGUUAAACGGAAUUUCCAAAAAAGUAAUAUUCUAGCCGACUUCUCCAACAACAUAUUUUUCAGUCGACGGUAACUUCGGUGUACUCUCUCUCUCUUUCAUCUGUUAACGCACAUAAGCGAGUAGAGAAAUGUUGUUCUAGUGGCAUCUAUUAUUAUAUAUAAAGAAAAUAAACGAAAAGACACGAUAAAGGAGAAGAAAAAGUAAAUGGGAAAACUGAUACUGUUUAGGGUCGAGGUUUGUUAAAUAAUAAAAUUAAGAUUCAGUAUAGUAUUACGAGAUACACUAUGCUCAGAAAGUCGACACACCGCUGAUAUGAAUAUAUAUAUAUAUAUAUAUAUAUAAAUAGAAAUUUCGCAAGAUUUAAAUACAUACAUUUAAAUAUCACUGUGUUAUAUUGUAUCGAAGAGAACUAGUUCGUCUCGAACGAGUCUCGAUUUUCAUAUCGAAAUUGCGUAUUAAAAUAUGUGAUGAUGAUGAUGAUGAUGAUGAUGAUGAUGAUUAUGAUUAUGAUUAUGACAAUGAUGAUGAUGGUGGUGGUGGCGAUGAUGAUGAUGAUGAUGAUGACGAUGACGACGACGAUAUAUAUGUGAUGACGAUAUAUAAAAAAGGAGAGAAAAAGAGCAACACAAUUUUCAUGUGUGGAAUAAAAACUUUCAUGUUCGAGCAUACAUGGAGACUUGCAGUUUUAUAACGAUUAAAUCGUACGUUAAGUUUGAAGGAUAUAUAUAUACAUGGAGAAGUACGAGAGGGCUACGUACUGAUUGUCCAAAUAGUUUUCUUUUAAAUAAAACGAAUGAUUAUUUCUCAAUUAAAUCCAUAACUUUAUUUGUGGAGACCAACAAAUAGUUUUUAAGAGGCGACAAGUUCGAGUAAUAGCAAAAUUUCAUUUCCUGAAGAGAAAAGAAAUAAAAUAAUCUUUCGACUCUGUAACGGUAUUCAAUGAUUGCGCAAUAGAGAAAAAUUUAAUGUACGAUUUCGACACCCCACCGUUUUAGUAUUAUAUCGUUCACCGUUUUUUUCACGGUUAAUUAUUCUGCGGUCGCAUCAAAAUUAGUCGAGUUGAAAUUGCUCAGCUCCGGUAAUCGAUACCGAUACGGUGCACGCGAGGUGCAUCAAACAGUUACGCGUAGUUGAAAAUUAAAUGACCUUUCAGGAGUCUCUCUCGGCCUGCGCCGGGCCGUAACUUAAUUAGCGCACUAAUUUUCCCUGAAAGGUCAUCGUGUGCAGACUCCAAAUACUCCUACUACGUGAUACAUCAACGUGGCACAUGGCACAAGAGAUUGCGUUUAUGUGCACGCGUUAGAUUUUAAAGGAGGUAACCGAGAGAACACGACGCCGUUGCCAGGACAACACGUUACGGCAACAAAACGGUAGAUUAUGUACUUCCAUUUCUGGCUGAGUUUAUCGUGGCUCGCAGAGCAACCUUCUACCGUUUUUUUGUAAUCAUGAAGGAAAACAUGAAGUUCAUUGCAUCGGAGGUGAAUAAGUUGCUCGGACGUAAUUACAAUAUUAUUUACUUCAAUUCUCUGAGUCCUGAGGAACUGUUGCAUGUAUUGAAAGAGGUAUUGAUCAAGAUACAAGAUCAGCAUGCGGCGAACAUUGAUCCAAGAAGCGAGACUCCCGAAGACAUUGCUAUCUACAUUUUAAAUGUGCUGCGCGUGUUCAAUUAUCAGCCGCAGACAGAUCCCGUUACAUUUAGACAAGGUCUGAUCCGAGGUGAUCCUGAAACGAUUCAUCCUAUCCUGACAUGGGUUCUCUCUCACGUGGACGUUGCUCGGAAAAGAGCCUAUUUGUCUCGUUUUCUAGUGAAGGUGGAGGUUCCCGCCGAAUAUUUGAGUGAUCCUGAGGUCGCCGCUUUGCACGACCAAUACAUGGUGUUGAUCGAUCGAUUUAAAGCGGUUCACAAAGAGAGAGAGAUAGGGAAAAGGAAUUUCGAGAAUGCCAGCGAGCUCACCGCAGACCUGAAAACGAUGGAGAAAGAAAAAGAAGCAGUCACUAUACGCAUCGAAAAAAUGAAAGCGAAAGCAGAAGCGGGCAUUCAUUUAUUUGAUGCAGCCAGAUCGUUGCGCAUCGAAAGGGACAAGGAUCGUGAUUUAGCAUUGCAAGAAGAACAAGAGAAAGAAAUUACGUCUAGACUGCAGAUUGCUAUCCAAAGACUAGAACGAGAGCUGGAAACAUUGAGGAGGGACGAGAACGAGGUGACAGCACAAACGCUAUUGCAACAGCUAUCAGAAAUGGUGACCGUGCAGUCUAUGGUUGCCAACGAGAAGUUACCAGCCGAAUUGAAUCAGCUGAGGAAUCGCAUGAAAGCAUUGACUUCAGUGAAACAUUAUUCGUACUUAGGUCCGGAUCAGAUUACUACGAUGAGAAACAAAUUGGACUCGAUGGCGAAGGAGAUUCAAGAUCUGGUAGAGAUUAAGAUCUCGAAAAUCAAUAUCGACAAGAUGGAGCCCUUUCGGCAACAAGCGGCGGCCGUUGCGAAUAUUAAAAGGAAUGCUCUCGAACGACUGGAGAAAACUGAUGAUUCUUUGCAAGAGCUACAGUUGAAAUUGGAGGAGAAACGGGAAUUAUCGAGGCUAAUGAUAGAGGAUGCUGCACCCAAGGGAGAGGAAUUAAAACAAUACAUUAACCGAUUGAAAACCAGAAGUACUCUCUAUAAGCAUUGCAAAGGCGAGGUGGCAUGGCUCAAUGCAGAAAAUAGCAUACUUUAUCGAACGACUGCAAUUUUGGAAAAUCAGCUCAGCCAAUAUAAUCAGACGAAAAAGAUGUUGGAAACGGUAGAGAAGAGCACGCCGACUGAUUUUACAGAAGAGAAUGCUUCCUCAAUAAAUCGUCAGUUGUCCAAAGACAUCUCCUCUCGCCGAGCAAAGUUGGUUCCAUUGAUAAAUGAGGUGCAAUGUUUGCGGGAAAAGUCAAGGGAAUUCGAGCAGCAACACGAGAAGGCCGAGAAAGCUCACAAUGAUGUUGAAUCAAGCAUGAGUGUUUCAAUUAAUAAUCUGCAAUCUGAGAUAGAGAUGAUCAAAACAGAAAUAACCGAAGGUUUGGAAGAAAAGAGGAAAUUGGUGAGACUCCUGGAUCACAUAAAGAGUACAGAGGAAAGAAUAAGGCGAGAAACAGAGGAUCCUAAUAGCUCCGAUCCAGGUGCAAGAAUACGAGAAGAAUUGAACGCCGCUAUUAAAGCUGAGGAAAGCAAAAUGAAAGUAUCUGCGUCGGAAAAGGAAGAAUUAAUGAAAACCAACGCAGUACAAGAGAGACAAGUUCAAAUGUGGGAUGAUAUUGUUUCGAUCUUUAAGUGUAAAAUAAAUUGCGCAGAGAAGAGCAAACUAUCGAAUGGUAUCGUAGUGCGUCGAGGUGGUGCAGAAACUUUAGUUUUACAAUAAUUAUUACCGUUUCAUAGUUAUCAAGGAGUAGAAUUGCAGUAACGUUCGCGCUUUUGAAUCAACAAUCUUUUAAUUAUUCAUAAAAUACAGUCUCAGUAUACAGAUAUUGUAGAUGAGUUUAAUUAUAAUUUUAGAAUCAGAGUACAGGAGGACUGUGUAUAUAGAAUAUUGAUACGUGUGUUCUACAAUUAUCAAUGUUUCUCACACGAUUUAUACAGUGUUUCGCCGAUGAAUUACAUAUAAAAAUAGUAGAUUAAUAAAUAACUUCGUAGUAGUGACGUCUCUGGAAGUUACUUAGAAACUAGUAAUUUCAUUAAUUGAAAAAAAGAAAAAGAUUUGUAGAGCACAUACCAAAUUAUCUUGUAUCGUACGUUGUAAUGUUUUUAUUUUUCGUUUACACGAACUUGUAAACAUAUUUACUAUUAUGCUAGAACUUGUACACCAUAAACUUGAACGAUAGAACUGAAUAAAACGAAGAUUCAGACUG